GGCAGCGGCGGCUCGGGCUUGGCUCCGCGUCGGGCCGGCUCCGCGGCCGCUCAUGGGCAGCCAGGGCGGCUUAGGGCCCCCCGGGAACGGCGGGCCUGGCGAGGGCGAGAGCGGGGAGACGAGGAAACUGCAGGAAGGGAGAGCCGCGAGGGGAAAGCGGAGGAAAGGGAAGGGGAAGGGGAAAGCAGGCGCAGGGCAAGGCGGAAGAGGAAGCGGGGCGGAAGGGAAGACGCAGCCGCCACAGGCGAAGGAGGCAGCGGGGCUGGGGGCCGAGGCGGGAGAGAGGGCAGGCCUGCGAAAGGUAGGAGAGGGAGGCGGAAGCGUAGAGGAUGGGGCGAGAAGGAUCGUCAGGGGAGAUGAGGGGAGCGCAGGGGCGCGGAAGGAGGCCAAAGGAAGAUAUGAUGGGAAGAAGGAGGAGUGGAGGGUCAGAACUGGACAGCGGGAGGACGCCAGGCCGGCGAGAGCACAGGGACGAGGGUGUCAGGCUUGGGGCCGCCUCGCUGGGACAGGGGCGGCCAUGGCGGCGGCGGCUGAGGAAGAGGCGGGGGCCCGGGAGCCUGCCGGCCGCCCCGCCGCGGGGCCCGCGCUCCUGCGCCUGCCGGAGGAGCUGCUGCUGCUCAUCUGUUCCUACCUGGACAUGCAGGCCCUCGGCCGCCUGGCUCAGGUGUGCCGCUGGCUGCGGCGCUUCACCAACUGCGACCUGCUCUGGCGCCGGAUAGCCCGGGCCUCGCUCAACUCCGGCUUCACGCGUCUCGGCACCGACCUGAUGGCAAGUGUACCAGUGAAGGAACGGGUGAAGGUAUCUCAGAACUGGAGGUUGGGGCGCUGCCGAGAGGGGAUUCUGCUGAAGUGGAAAUGCAGUCAGAUGCCCUGGAUGCAGCUAGAGGGUGAUUCUCUGUACAUAUCCCAGGCUAAUUUCAUCCUGGCCUAUCAGUUCCGCCCAGAUGGUGCCAGCUUGAACCGGAGGCCCCUGGGAGUCUUUGCUGGGCAUGAUGAGGACGUUUGCCACUUCGUGCUGGCCAACUCGCAUAUUAUCAGUGCAGGAGGAGAUGGGAAGAUCGGCAUUCAUAAGAUUCACAGCACCUUCACUGUCAAGUACUCAGCCCAUGAACAGGAGGUGAACUGUGUGGAUUGCAAAGGGGGCAUCAUUGUGAGUGGCUCCAGAGACAGGACGGCCAAGGUAUGGCCUUUGGCCUCAGGCCGGCUGGGGCAGUGCUUACACACCAUCCAGACUGAAGACCGAGUCUGGUCCAUUGCUAUCAGCCCAUUGCACAGCUCCUUUGUGACAGGGACAGCCUGUUGUGGGCACUUCUCACCCCUAAGAAUCUGGGACCUCAACAGCGGACAGCUGAUGACGCACCUGGGCGGUGACUUUCCCCCAGGGGCGGGGGUGCUGGACGUCAUGUACGAGUCCCCUUCCACACUCCUGUCCUGUGGUUACGACACCUACGUUCGCUACUGGGACCUCCGAGCCAGUGUCCGGAAGUGUGUCAUGGAGUGGGAAGAGCCCCACGACAGCACGCUGUACUGCCUGCAGACGGACGGGAACCACCUGCUGGCCACUGGCUCCUCCUACUACGGUGUGGUGCGACUGUGGGACCGGCGCCAAAGGGCCUGCCUACACGCCUUCCCUCUCACGUCGACGCCCCUCAGCAGUCCUGUGUACUGCCUGCGCUUCACCACCAGGCAUCUCUACGCUGCGCUGUCUUACAACCUCCAUGGCCUGGACUUUCAAACGCCGUGACAGGGCCACCCCAGCCUGUGGGCCAGAGAAGCCAGCUACUCAGGGACCUCUGCUGUCUGCAGGGUGCAGUGAUACCUCCUCCCCGGCCCUGCCUGUGUUCCUAGACCUGUGACCAUGGUACUCAGGCACUAAAGGCUGCUGACUCCUGGGCACUGGGGUUACCCAGGGGUGCAAUCCCUCUCAGGAACCAGGUGGAAGGAAGGGACCUGCUGCUGCUCAGCUGAGCUUAGCCGGGCCUCGCUUCCCUGUUGGCCAGAGCAAGGAUCUGGCCGGGGUAGAGAGGCCCACCCCUUCUUAGAGCCGGGCCAGCUCACCACAAGAGUGAGGUGAGGUGCUCCAGCUUUCCCAGUUGGGCCCUUCCUGCCCCUUCCCUGGAAGGAGAGGGGAGCCCUUCCCUGGAAGGAGAGGGGAGGCUGCCAAUACCCUGUGACACCAGCCUCCACCUCAGUCAGACCCCACCUUUGACCAAGCUCUAGGGCUGGGGACUCAUUCCUGGGGUACUGUGUGGCCUGGUCUUGCUUUGAAACCAAGAAAGGACAAAGGGAACCCUGAAAUUUUGAAUGAGUUCUGAGCCAGCCCAACCUCAGGCUAGCUGUGGAGACAGACAUGCUAAAAUGUUCAUUUUGUAGAAAUAAAGCUUGAUUGUUCACAGA